AUGAAGAGAAAGGGCGCGGGAAACACCCCCGCGUUGGUGAACAGUUUGUUGACUUCGCUGUGCAACAUUUCGCCCUUCUUUAGGGGCGCGGGAAACACCCCCGCGUUGGUGAACAGUUUGUUGACUUCGCUGUGCAACAUUUCGCCCUUCUUUAGGGGUUUAGGGGCAGACGUGUCUCACGAGCUGCACAAGGUGAUGGCGGCGGCGAUGACUCUGAUGCAGAAGAGCAAAAGGGCCAUCGAGGGUUUAGGGUUUGAAAACACUAAAUUAGCGGAUAACGAAAAAGGGUUUUGCGCCAGCGAAUUAAGAAUUCGAAAAAACCUGCAGCAAACCCUUGCUGCUCAGCUGCAGCAGCAGCUGCAGCUGCUGCAGCUGCGGCAGGCCGAGUACAGGCUGCAGGUCCGCAAGAAGGCCGUUCGACAAGUCAAACUAGUCUAUCCGGAAGUGCCUGAAGAAGAAGUUGAAACCCUCGUGGACUCUGGAGAGCUCACGGCGAUGACAGCCAUCAAGAUGAGGGUUUCCGGCGUGCACGCACCAAGCCCUGCGAAAUGCGACCGCCGGCAUUCAAGACAACGGAUGUUUUGGAUCACCGUUAUUCUGAUCAUCAUUGCGGCCAUUGUGCUGGUGCCAGUGUUUGUCACUCUUCUCAAAUAG